AUGGCUGCGGUGAUACUGGAGAGCAUCUUUCUGAAACGAUCCCAGCAGAAAAAGAAAACAUCACCUCUAAACUUCAAAAAGCGCCUUUUUCUCUUGACCGUGCACAAGCUUUCCUACUAUGAGUAUGACUUUGAACGUGGGAGAAGAGGCAGUAAGAAAGGUUCAAUAGAUGUUGAGAAGAUCACCUGCGUUGAAACAGUGGUUCCUGAAAAAAAUCCUCCCCCUGAAAGACAGAUUCCGGUAAGAAGAGACCAACAUCAGAGAGAGGAAGUGGUGGAUUUUAAGAAAUUUGGAAUAGUUAAAUUCUCUGUUGUAUAUGAUGAAGGGCCUCUCUAUGUCUUCUCCCCAACUGAAGAACUGAGGAAGCGUUGGAUUCACCAGCUCAAAAAUGUAAUCCGGUACAACAGCGAUCUGGUACAGAAAUAUCACCCUUGCUUCUGGAUCGAUGGGCAGUAUCUCUGCUGCUCUCAGACAGCCAAAAAUGCUAUGGGCUGCCAAAUUUUGGAGAACAGGAAUGGAAGCUUAAAACCUGGGAGUUCUCACCGGAAGACGAAAAAGCCUCUUCCUCCCACACCUGAGGAGGACCAGAUCUUGAAAAAGCCACUGCCCCCUGAGCCAGGGGCAGCAUCAGUGUCCACAAGCGAGCUGAAAAGGGUUGUAGCCCUUUAUGAUUACAUGCCAAUGAAUGCAAAUGACCUACAGCUGCGGAAGGGUGAUGAAUAUUUUAUCCUGGAGGAAAGCAACUUACCAUGGUGGCGAGCCCGAGAUAAAAAUGGGCAGGAAGGCUACAUCCCUAGUAACUAUGUAACUGAAGCAGAAGACUCCAUAGAAAUGUAUGAGUGGUAUUCUAAGCACAUGACUCGGAGUCAAGCUGAGCAACUGCUAAAGCAAGAGGGGAAAGAAGGAGGUUUCAUUGUCAGAGACUCCAGCAAAGCUGGGAAAUAUACAGUGUCUGUGUUUGCUAAAUCUACAGGGGACCCUCAAGGGGUGAUCCGCCAUUAUGUUGUGUGUUCCACACCUCAGAGCCAGUAUUACCUGGCUGAGAAGCACCUUUUCAGCACCAUCCCUGAGCUCAUUAACUACCAUCAGCACAACUCUGCAGGACUCAUAUCCAGGCUCAAAUAUCCAGUGUCUCAACAAAACAAGAACGCGCCUUCCACUGCAGGCCUGGGCUAUGGAUCAUGGGAAAUAGAUCCAAAGGACCUGACCUUCUUGAAGGAGCUGGGGACUGGACAGUUUGGAGUAGUGAAGUAUGGGAAAUGGAGAGGCCAGUAUGAUGUGGCCAUCAAGAUGAUCAAAGAAGGCUCCAUGUCCGAAGAUGAAUUCAUUGAAGAAGCUAAAGUCAUGAUGAAUCUUUCCCAUGAGAAGCUGGUGCAGUUGUAUGGCGUCUGCACCAAACAGCGCCCCAUCUUCAUCAUCACUGAGUACAUGGCCAAUGGCUGCCUCCUGAACUACCUGAGGGAGAUGCGCCACCGCUUUCAGACUCAGCAGCUGCUGGAGAUGUGCAAGGAUGUCUGUGAAGCCAUGGAAUACCUGGAGUCAAAGCAGUUCCUUCACCGAGACCUGGCGGCUCGAAACUGUUUGGUAAAUGAUCAAGGAGUUGUUAAAGUGUCUGACUUUGGCCUGUCCAGGUACGUCCUGGAUGAUGAAUACACAAGCUCAGUAGGCUCCAAGUUUCCAGUCCGGUGGUCUCCGCCAGAAGUCCUUAUGUAUAGCAAGUUCAGCAGCAAGUCUGACAUCUGGGCUUUUGGGGUUUUGAUGUGGGAAAUUUACUCCCUGGGGAAGAUGCCAUAUGAAAGAUUUAAUAACAGUGAGACCGCUGAGCACAUUGCUCAAGGCCUGCGUCUCUAUAGGCCUCAUCUGGCUUCAGAGAGAGUAUAUACCAUCAUGUACAGCUGCUGGCAUGAGGUAUGA